AUGCAGGGAGCUCCGCCUGCGCGACCUCCCGGCUCGACUGUCCCAAUCCACGCACACAAUCUCGCAGGCCAGACGUACACACGAUUGCGCCAAAUAUGCAACAACGACUACCAGGUGCCCACUCUGAUCGGAACCGGCCCGCCGGGCGACAGCUGCAACGAACAACUCUCCUCGUGUUGCUGCAACAGCAUCGCCUUCCAGCUCAGCAUGCUGUGCAUGAAUUGUCAGUUCUACACGGUGCCGGGUAAUGGGGGAAGCGGUAUCGAUGCUCCAGGUCACGAUACCUACUCCAAAUACCUCGGCACUUGUGGUCCGGUGACAAAUCAUUCUCUGCCCGCAGACAUCCAACAGGCGGUCUGCAACACGAACAUCCGCCUGGACGAUUACCUCUACGGGGGCUGGGACGACGGCACGUGGUUCUAUGAAUUCACAAAGGAACUCGCGGAUAUGCAGCACGCGGUCAACAACAACAACACCUUCACUCAUUGCGCGAAUCAAGUCUCCUCCGCCCCUCCUCCGACAUCCACCUCCCAUGUCGUCGUGCCGGACUCGAGCGCGACCCGGGGAGCCUCGGGACGUCGUCAACAACCUCACCGGCCGAGACUGUACAGGUAUGUCAUUACCUCUGUUGCGCUCCAGACACUAACGGCGUUCAAAUCCUCAACCCACCAGGGAUCCCCAACCGACGACGCCUCCUCUCCGGACACCCAAACACGGACGAACGCCAUAGUCGGAGGCGUGGUCGGCGGCGCGGGCGCGCUGCUCCUCGUCACCGUCGUCGCCUGCCUCUUCCUGCAGCGACGGCGCGUGCGCGGGGCCCGCCGACGCCCCCGCCCGCCGCCCUCCGCGACGAGUCCCGGGGCGCGCUGGGACAGCCUGCAGCCCGCGUCCCUCCUCCGCCAGAGCAUGUUCGCCGCCCACGACACGGACGAGAGCCUCUCGCGCUCGCCGUGGCUCCAGCGCUCCGGCAGCAGCGAUUCCUUCCUGUGGUCGGAGAGCGGUGCUCCUACGGUCCUGGCCCCGUCGAGCCUCGGGGCGGUCGUUGGCGCGAGGGCGUAG